AUCCCAGAUCCAAAUUUGGCUAAGGAGCACACGAGGGCUAACCACGUUGGGGGAUUUAAAAACUUUUUCUUGGUAAUUUUCUUCUUUCUUUUUCUGCAUCUUUUCUUCUUUAGUUAACAGGUCGUCUGACAUUAUACUGAACUAGGCAACGUGGGCUCUAACCAACUACACAAUCAAACGUUCUAUUUUCUCAAAUAGAUUUAUUAUUAUUUUGACAGAUUAUACAAGUCAAUAGUCACACGAGGGGUAUCCAUUUUAGGGCACAAGAUGAAGUUCGAACAUUCGCUUAAGUUUAAUGCCGUUCCUGAAUGGCAAGAUAGUUAUGUCAACUAUCCUACAUUGAAGAAAACUAUUUACAAAUUACAACAAGACCAAAUUGUCAAUAAUGGUACUGGUGAGUCUGGGUUCAUUGUUGGUUCCAACCAAACCACAGUCACUGAGUUGGUUGACGGGUUCAAGUCCAAGAGCAACAGCCAGGGCGUCCAAGAAAAAUCUCGUGCUGCAACCAUGCAAGGCGGGUUAAAAAAUAGAUUAGUCAAGAGCUUGUUUUUGCAAAGGUUCCAAAAGGGUUCCAGCUCUACUGAAAUUGAAACCAACAAGGUUGAAGUUGAUUCCGACUUGGAAAAGAACUCUAGUAGUGAAUACACCGAAAAGGGUUCAGACACCAAGACUUAUACCGAGGAAGGGUUUGAUUCCGACAGUAUAGCGUCUUUUAAUCCAAGAAAAUCUACUGAUGUUAUAGGGAGAAUUCUUGCUUCUGAAGAUGACUCCUUUGCUGACCCAAAGUCUUUGAAAUUCGAUGCUUUAAAGGUUUUUGCUAAACAAUUGUUGGUUGAAUUGGACAAAAUAAAUACCUUCUAUAACAACAAAGAAGAAGAAGUGUUUACCAACUACGAUAACUUGCUCAAGGAUUUAGAAUCUAACCAUGUUGAUAUUGAUGACGUUUUCAGAUUUACCCAAGCUUACAACAUGAACCAAGCUGCUCUUAAUACCGAUGACCACCACCAAUAUCACUUGAAGUCCACUCUUUCAAGAGUUGUUUCUAAUGCUAGUGUUUUCGAUACCAUUAACCAUUUGGGUAAUGAUUUCGACAACAAGGAUUUGGAAAAGAAUGAACAAGCUGAUGAAGAAUUUGAUGACUCUGAUGAAGAUGACGAUGAAGAAGAUGCUCACUCUGAAGAUUCUGUGUUGUUAAACCAUGCUCAUUUUAAUGUCAAGCAUCAAUUGAAGGUUACCUUAAAGAGAAAGGCUAUUUUGUUGUUUAUUUCUCUUUCUGAAUUGAAGUCAUACAUUGAAUUAAACAGAGUUGGUUUCACCAAGAUUUGUAAAAAGUUUGACAAAACUUGCAACUAUUCCAUCAAGCAAGAUUUUAUUGAAAACUUUUUACCAAACCAUUCCCGUGUUUUCCUCAAGGAAACCAUUGAAAACUUGGACUACAAAUUAGACCACAUUGUCAAAGUUUUUGCUUUCUUAUCUGGCAGAUUAAACUCCAAGACUUCUGUUGAAGAUUUGGAACACGUCAAAGUUGACUUGAGAUCUCAUUUACGUGAUCACAUUGUCUUUGAAAGAAACACUGUUUGGAAAGACUUGUUAUCCUUAGAAAAGAAGUCUUAUGACAUUGAUUUACAAGCCAACGGUCAAAAGAUGGGCGAUGAAGCUAAUGAAAAUUCUAUGUUAUAUAUCACCAUGAAGGACUUCUACUUUCCAAAGAAUAUCAAGAUUUUCGGUCAUGAUCACGUUAGACUCCCAGCAUCUAUGAUAACGUGGCAAGUGUUCAAGUUGCUUCUUAUUAUAGUUGUGUUUGUGGUUUUAAUUGCCGUCAAGACUUUUAACGAUCCAGUUCAAGGAAGAGCCCUUGCCUUGUUAGUGGCAUGUGCAAUGUUAUGGGCUUUAGAAGCAUUACCUUUGUACACUACUGGUAUGUUUGUUCCUCUUUUGGUUGUUACUUGUCGUGUCUGUAAGAAAACUGGGUCCAACGAACCAAUGGCUGCUGCUGAUGCUGCUGCUUAUAUCUUAGGUACUAUGUGGAACUCGACUAUUAUGAUUUUGAUUGGUGGUUUCACUCUUGCUGCUGCAUUGUCUAAAUAUAACAUUGCCAAGGUUUUAUCCAGUUACAUCUUGGCUUUUGCCGGUACCAAGCCAAGAAAUGUGUUGUUGGCCAUUAUGUGUGUUUCGUUAUUCUUGGCCAUGUGGAUUUCUAAUGUUGCUGCUCCAGUCUUAUGUUUCUCCUUGAUUCAACCAGUUUUGAGAACUUUGCCAACUACUUCCCCAGUCAGUCAAGCUUUGGUUUUAGGUAUUGCUCUUGCUUCCAAUGUUGCUGGUAUGGCUUCUCCAAUUGCAUCUCCACAAAAUGUCAUUGCAUUGCAAUAUAUGAUUCCUAACCCAGGUUGGGGUAACUGGUUUGCCGUUGCUCUUCCAGUUUCCAUCAUUGCUAUGUUGUUAAUUUGGGUUGAAUUAAUCUUGACUUUUAAGAUCGGUAAUGUUACCUUGAAGAAGUAUAAGCCAAUCAAGGAAAAGUUUACUGCUAAGCAAUACUUUGUUUUCGCAGUUACUUUAUUGACUAUUUUAUUAUGGUGUGUCAUGACCAAGAUUGAAGACACUUUUGGUGUUGCUGGUAUCAUUACUAUCAUUCCAAUUGUGUUGUUCUUUGGUACUGGUUUAUUAAAGGUUGAUGAUUUAAACAACUACCCAUGGUCCAUUGUUUUGUUGGCCAUGGGUGGUAUAGCUUUAGGUAAUGCCAUUACUUCCUCGGGUUUGUUAUCCACCAUUGCCAUGGCCAUGGAAAGAAGAAUUAGAGAGUUCCCACUUUAUGCCAUUGUCGUUAUUUUUGGUGCCUUGAUUCUUGUCGUUGCUACUUUUGUUUCCCAUACUGUUGCCGCUUUGAUUAUUGUUCCAUUAGUCAAGGAAGUCGGUGACUCUUUACCACACCCACAUCCAUUGAUUUUGGUUAUGGCCACUGCUUUGAUUGCCUCUGGUGCCAUGGGUUUGCCAACUUCAGGUUUCCCUAACGUUACUGCAAUCAGUAUGAGAGAUGAAGUUGGUAAGAAUUACUUAACUGUCAACACCUUUAUCACUAGAGGUGUUCCAGCCAGUAUCAUUGUUUAUAUUUGUGUUAUUACCAUUGGGUACGGUGUCAUGUCGUCAUUAAAGUUCUAGACGUUUUUAAUUUUAUUUUGCAUCUGUUUGAUUUUCUCUUUGUUUAUAUCUUGUAUAAUAAUAUUGUGUUUGUGAUUUUGA